GGAGACCCGGGAGCCCGAGACGCGGCGGACCCCGGACUCGUGUUGGGCGGGUUCGCAGUUCCCGCUUUCCCCGCGUGUGAAAACACUCUCCUCUCCACACCCCCAGGCCGCGCCACCUCGGCCACGCCUGCGGCGCUCCGUCCGCGUAGGGGCCGCUAAGGACGCGGGGUGCAGUUUGGACAUGGAUCACGGCAGCAAUGGAUGUGUGAGAAAGAUUACCAGUGUGAACCUUGACAAACUCAUUCACGACUUCUCACAGAUAGAAAAGAAAAUGAUAGAAACCACUGGAAAGAAUAAUAUACUGGAUAUGCAGUUGGAAAAAACUAACUGUUUAUUAAAGGGAAUGCAAACAAAGGAGGUCUCACUUAAAGAAGAAUGUGCUACUCUUCAUACUAUGAUAAAAGGGCUACAACAGACAAUUGAAUAUCAACAUAAUUUGAAAGGUGAAAAUGAACAACUGAAAAGAAGUGCUGAUCUUAUGAAGGAGAAGUUAAAAUCUCAUGAACAGGAAUAUAAGAAUAAUAUUGCCAAACUUAUGAGUGAAAUGAAAAUCAAAGAAGAAGUACAUAAGGUAGAAAUAAAGAAACUUUAUCAGGAUAUGCAAAAAAAAGUUGAAUUAAGUGAAGAAAAGAAUAAAGAACUGAUAGAGAAAAUGGAGGUGGAAAUUUCAGAGCUAAAUGAAAAGUUAAGAAUUCAGGAAAAGGAAAGACAAAGUGAAAUCAUCAAACUACAGCUGGAGUUUGAUGCCAAACUAGCAAGAGUUCAAACUAAGUCAAAACCGUAUCCAGAUUCUACUGUUUUGCCACAGAGCAUCUACAGAAGGAAGCUUCAGCAUCUUCAAGAAGAGAAGAACAAGGAGAUUGCUAUUCUUCGUAACACCAUCCAUGACUUAGAGCAGCGCCUCUCUGUUGGCAAAGAUCCUCCCCUUAAACGUCGACGGUUUUAAGUGUAGCAGCAAAUCCAUUCGCUGAUAUUUAAUCUCUUUAAAAGCAGUUGAAAAAUUCACUUCUGUUGUCAGUAUAACAUACUGCCCAAGUAAUAACAAUGAAAGAGACAGCAUUAAACUUUUUAAAUUGAGUUUAUUGAAAUAAAUCCAUACUUUGGCCAACUGUGUACUGCAUUCUUGCUUAAUAGUAUUAGCCAUAACGAAGUUCAGGUGCAUAGGCCUCAGUUUACCUAUUCAACCAUCAUUGACUAUGGAAAUACUGUCUAAGCAACCAAAAGAUAGACAACAUUCUUUUAUCUCUCUCUGUAUCUCUCUCAAGACAGGCGUUCUCAAGUUUUAGCAUGAUAGCAUGCCAAGUAAAGAAAACAAUAGAUAAAGCCUUCUUUCACAGACAGUAGUAAAAAAUCAAGAUUUGAGUCUUAGAUAUAAAAAAGUGUAAAUGGAUAUUUAAAAGGUAGUCAUAGCAAAAUACUCAUAUGUUAAGUAUUUCUGAAUCUUAAAAGACAGAAUUCACUUCUUCCUUUAAAAGGUGUAAUCAGUUAAAACUGUAAGAUUAAAAAGACAAAAGUAAUAAUGUUUUGACAAGUAAGAAAAAAUGGAAAACAUGUCUUUGUUGUUCUUCCUCCAUUCUAAUUGCCAAGCAUCCCACAGAAACCCCUAGGUCAUAGUUUACGUUCCUGUUCUCAUUGAGGCAAGUAGAAAGCCGGAAAAAGAAAAAGAAAGACACAUUAACCAAAUACUGCAGUCACCUUCCAGUUGCCCCUUCUUUUAAGAAAAAUGGUUUGGGUCAAAAUUUUCUUUGGCGCAGAUCUUAAAAUUUGGAGGCCAGCAUAAUAGAUUUCUU